AUGAUCUUUGCGCGUUUUCUCACUGGGAGCUAUAAUGCAAAGUUCAACUACGGAUUUUCCAGUUUCAAGGGUAAAAGACCUUCUAUGGAGGAUUAUUUUGAGGCAAAGAUAUCAGAUGUUGAUGGACAAAUGGUUGCCUUUUUUGGUGUUUUCGAUGGUCAUGGAGGCUCAAGAACUGCAAAAUACCUGAAAGAGAACAUUUUCAACAAUUUAAGUGGUCACCCAGAAUUUAUCAAAGACACAAAGAUAGCUAUUGUUGAAGUAUUUAAACAGACAAAUGUUGAAUACAUCAAUGAAGAGAAAGGUGAUCAAAAAGACACUGGCUCAACUGCAUCAACCGCUUUGUUGUUAGGGGAUCGGCUUUUCAUUGCAAAUGUUGGUGAUUCAAGAGUAGUCGCCGGGAGAGCUGGUUCAGCUAUCGCCUUGUCCAAUGACCAUAAACCUGAUAGAUCUGACGAACGUCAAAGAAUUGAAGAGGCCGGAGGUUUUGUUAUGUGGGCAGGAACAUGGAGGGUUGGUGGUGUUCUUGCUGUUUCCCGUUCAUUUGGUGACAAAGUACUUAAACCAUUUGUUGUUGCGGACCCAGAAAUUCAUGAAGAAGAGAUUAAUGGCGUAGAUUUCAUAAUUAUCGCAAGUGAUAGACUUUGGAAUGUCAUAUCAAACAAUGAUGUGGUGGCUAUAGUGCAGGAUAUUAACGAAGUAGAAGAAGCAUCUAGAACACUCGUUGAAGAAGCUUACGCGCGAGGGAGCUCAGACAACAUAACUUGUGUUGUUGUCCGAUUUAAUACUUUAGAAUCACCAGGAGGUUCAAACUCUUCCUCUGUGUGA